CUGGUGCUUGCCCAUGCGUUCUCUUUUGUUUUUUGUGUGGUCGUCUGCGUCGGCACCCCGGCACCCGGGGGGGCCAAGCCACCGCGAUCGCAGCGCUGGCCAAUGCGGUGGACAAGUACGGGAACACGCCCUGCAUGGACGCCGCACACCUCGGGCGCACCUUGAUACUCAGGGAGCUCAUCCAGUACGGGGCCGACGUGACCCUGACAAAUGCUGACCUCAUGAGCGCGCUGCAGCUGGCGUGUGUGAGCGAGGGCGCGGGCAACGGCGAGGUGGUCCAGGCGCUCGUGGAGGCUGGAGCGGACCCCGCGGCAGUGUGCUGGCAGGCCACGCCUCUGAUGGCCGCCGCGGACAGCGGGCACAUCUGGGCAGUCCAGACGCUCAUAGAGAUGGGCGCUGACCCUUGGCAGGAGAACGGCUCGUCGUUCACCGCGCUGGCUCACCCAACUUCGCGCGGGACCUCGAGACCGCCCAGCUGCUGUACGACGUGAUGCAGGGCGACAGGAUUUCGGACAGGCCCGCGCCGCGCUUCGACACACAGAGGCUCUUCAAGGACGCCGAGGAACGUCGCGCGAAGCUCCAUCGUGCAUCGCGCGACUACCCCCUGGCCGACGCGCUCGCGGCGCUGGAGGUGCCGCCCGAGUGGCUGCCCGAGUUCACCGAGUCUGGCGCGCGCUUCGGCGAGAUGCGGAAGGCCUGGCGGCGCGCUUGCCUGCGCUGCCACCCGGAUAAGCAGCCCGAGGGCCUCGAGGAGGAGGUCGCCGCCGAGUGGACUUCCAGGUUCCAGAGAGCGGCGGCCGCGUUCGAGGCGGUGGAGCGCCACUACAGGACCGUCCGUGCCGACGAGGAGCCGUAGCCCCCGCUGGGGGCCCGUUUGGCGCGGAGCGGGCGCACGGACACCCCCGCGCUCGGAACCGGCGCGGCCGCCCCGGCUGCUCGGGCCCGCGGCGCGCCGCGGCGGGAGGGA